AUAUUUUUUUAGUUUUCACAUACGAGUAUAUGACUAUAUGAGGUAGGUACGUUGUAAAAUUAAAUAAUAUAUCAUGUAAGGUCAGUUGGGGUAAGUGCAGAUUUGGGGUAAGUGCGAAUCCAGAUAUUACGGAGUAUAUAUUAAGUUUAUGAAAGACUGUCAAUAAUGAAAUUGUUGUACAACGUCCAUGUAAUAUAUGUACAUAAUUGGUCACACUGUAUUAUAUUUCGUUAUCGUGUUAUCAAUCUUUACUUUCAGAAUAUAAAUUUCACUUGUAUUUUUCAAAGAAGACGUUCGUUUGCCAUUUUUUUUAAGGCAGUUUUUUUAAAAAUUUGCUGUCUUAAACUAAGGUAGGUUAUAUCAUUUUAUGUGUAGAUUAUGAUUUAAGUGUUAAAAUUUGUAUAGUUGUCAAUGAAUUUUAUUUAAGUGCGAUUACGCACUUUCCCCUUGUAAAAUGAAUGACGGGGAAAGUGCGACAAUUGUCUGCGGGUAAGUGCAACAUGACAUGUCGCACUUACCCAUUGUAAUAUUUAAACAUUUAUUAUUAAAUGUAAUUUAAAUUUUGAAUAUUUUUUAGGGUAAAAUGGUUAGAUCUUACGUUAGAAAAACCAAAAAGGGUGAUGCAUAUACCAAAGAACAACUGUUACAAGCUACAAAUGCAAUCACAAGCAAACAAAUGACGCUUUACGAUCAUAUAAAUAAACGACGUGGAAUGAAGUCUACAACUAAAGGUAGAAAUACUGCCUUAUCACCUGCUGUUGAAAAAAGUUUGGCUCAAUCAUUAACCAUUAUGGAAAAGUAUGGCCAUGGAUUAAGUCGAACCGAAGUUUUGACAUUAGUUGGUAAUUAUGUCAAUGAUAAUAACUUAGUUACUCCAUUUAAAGGUGGAUAUCCAGGUCAUGAUUGGUGGAUAGGGUUUUCUUCUCGACACAAAUUAUCAUUAAAAAUAUUUUAAAAGCAAAAGAACAAGAAAAGGACAAACCAAAAAACAACAAGAAAAAAAAACAGUCUGAAGAAGUUGUCAAUGAAGAAGUUGUAAAUGAAGAAGAGAUUCAAGACGUUAUAGAUAUAAAUUUGAAUCAACCUAAUGAAAACUUAAAUAUAAGUUUUGUCAGUGGAGUGUCUGAAAUCAGUGAUUUAUUAAAUGAAUUGGAAAGAGAAGAAGAGGAUUUAGCAGAAGAAGGAUAUAUGUUUCGCACAAAAAAUUGUGUUGAUGAUUGGGUUUUAAUUAAAUAUAAGCUUGAAGGAAAAUCUGCAAAAUCAUUACAUUAUGUAGGUAUUAUAAAAGAAGUCUUUGAUGGUAAGCAUAAAAUAAAAUUUGUCAAACUGAAGUCUGAG